CCACAAAUAAAAUAUAAAAUAAAAAUAAAAUUAAAGAAUAGUUAGUAGGGAGUACGUAGGAUUAGGAAGAAGAAAAGUUAAUGAGACCACAAAAAGAAGAGAAACACACAUACCCUCUUUUCCAUCAUCAUAGGUUUUGCCAAACAUAAGUUGCUGCUCUCUCUGUAUUUUCUUCAAGGAUUUCGGAGAAAUUAAGAAAAAAGGAUUGGAUUUUUAUAAACCGAUGGCAAUUCAAGCGCAGUUUUAUUCUGAAAACUUUGACGGAUAUGCUUUGGGUGGUGCUAAUCAAGAUUCUGUAAUGGAGAACUUGUGUUUUGCUCCUCAACAACAACAAUAUACGACGUUUGAUCAAUACCAGAAUAUUUUGCACCAGAAAAAUUUCAACUUUUUAGCUGCUAAUGCUAAUAAUAACAACAUCCCACUUCAUCUACAGAGUUUCUCUGCCCAGAUUGAUAAACAAAGAUUGGAAUUUGAUCAGUUCUUCAAUUUACAGAACGAGAGAUUGAGAUCGGCAGUGCAAGAGCAGAGAAACCGGCAAACAGCGAUUUUAAUGAAGAAAUACGAAACCAAGACUCGAUUUUUACUGAAGCAAAAAGACCAAGAAAUCGCGAACGCGGCGAACAGAACGAACGAGCUUCAAAAUUUCCUCAACAGAAUCGAAAUCGAGAACCAGACGUGGCAGAGGGUUGCGAGGGAGAACGAAUCCAUGGUGGCGUCUCUCAGCGGCACGAUCCAACGGCUGAGAGAUUCCGCCGCCGCCGCCUGUUCUCCGGCGGCUGAUGCAGAAUCUUGCUGCGAAAAUGGUGGAGAAGAUGAAGAAGAAAAAUGGGGAGAGAGAAAAUUGGUGUGCAGAAGAUGCAAAAGUGAAAAAUCAAGCGUGAUUUUGCUGCCGUGCAGGCAUUUGUGCUGCUGCAAAGAGUGUGAGGUUUUUCUUGAUUCUUGCCCUGUUUGUACUAUGGUGAAGAAAGCUAGCGUAGAGGCUUUAAUUUAAUUUUAAUUUUCAUUUUCAUUUUUAUUUUUUUAAAAUUUUAAUUUUGAUAGAAGAAGAUGAAAUAUUUUAUUUAUUAAUUUAAUUUUUUUUGUAUGCCGUAUCAAAAAUAGUUAGAAACUUUUACUAUUUUUUUCAUUUUUCA